CUGGAUUGGACAACUGACCAAAUUUGAAUAGAGAGUGGAUUUAACAGUAUAUCAGCGUUAAACUUCCUUGUGGCAACAGACUGCAGUUAUGUAAGAAGACUGUCAUCGCAAAUCUAGUCUACCAACGAAUAGCCACUGGCUACAGUUACCUCCUCCCCCCACCCAGCUAUUUAGUGAUGGUUCACAUGAGCCCUCCCAGCCCUUCGCCCUCUCUCCCUGACAUCAUCCCUAUCCCGGCUUCAGAGGCCUUUCCCCUCUGCCUUUAGCACUCCCUCCACCUUCUCCCGACCUGGCUCCUUCCUUGUCCCCUUCUGCGUCCUCGCUGUCCCUUCCCUGGGUCCUUCCGCCUGCGUGCGGCUCCUUUUGCGCUCCAGGUGCGCAUCCUCAUCGUGCGCUCCGCUUUGCGCUUGCGCGCUGCGGCCGCGGGAGCCUGCCGCGCGGAGUUGAAAGAACUUCUGUUGUCGGAGCGGUUCGCGCGGAUCCGGACUCGGGGACUGCCGCCCGCGAGGGGCUGGGACAAGAGGCCGCGCUCUCUCGCCAGGCGCCCUCCUGCCCACGAUGGGCUGCUCCAGCAGCGCCCUCAACAAAGCCAGCGACAGCAACAGGCUCCACAGCGAAGAAAGUGAGUCCUGCUUUGUCCAACCAAAGCCACGUACACUGGGGAGAGAAUCUACUUUAUAUGGCAAGGUACAAAAGGAAAGCCUUCCUCCACUGGAAGAGCACACGAUUUCUGCCGUGUCUACAGCGAAUUGUGUUAAACCCCUCAGUGAACAGCCCCUGGCAGAGGAUGCUGCAGACACACCAGGGUCCACAGAAGGAACUCAGCCCCCAGAGGGACUGAAGGAGUCUGGGCCACCUCAGCCGGGUGGCAAAGAUGAUAUUGCAGAAGCAGAAGAGGAGAAGGACGUGGAAGCAGCGACAGAGGCUCCGCCUUUUAAAGGAAGUGCUGAGGCUGACCCUGUAGGAGCAGAAGCCAAGAGUCAACCUCUGAGGACAGCGGGAGAGGGGGCCUCCCCUCGAGCAGUGGAAGGUACUGAGAAUCCACAAACUGCCACAGAGAUGGGGCUUCUAGAAACAGCUGAGGAAAUUCCACCUCCGGAAGCAGGUGGAGAGCCACCAUCUCAAGAAGCUCUGGGAAAGGAUGAACAGUCCCAACUCCCAAAAACAGUUCCCAAGGAGACAGAAUCCCUAGAAAUGUUGGAAGGAAGUCCACUUGUGGAAACAGCUGAAACGCAGCAACUUCAGGGAACAUUGGGAGAAGACGAGGAGUCGCAGCUUGUAGAAACAAUCCCCAAAGAGGCGUCUCUGGAAGUUUUGGACAAAAGUCAGCUUGCAGGAGCAGGGGAGGAGCAGCAGCUUCAGGGAACGCUGAGGAAAGAUAAACAGCCACGACGUCUAGAGACAAUUCCCAGAGAGGAUGAAACAGCAGAAGUCCUGGACAGAAGUCAGCUUGUGGGAACAGCUGGAGAGAGUGACUCGCUCCACAAAACCCCUGAAGGUCCAGGAAACGUGGAGCAGAUCCAACCUGAAAGAAUAGCUGGAAGCCUGGACCAUCCAUCAGGAGCUCUAGAUACCAGGGCAAACGUGGAAACGAUCAGGAGAAGUCACACUGACGACGGAGGCCAACAUGUCGAAGGUGAGACAGGAGAAAAGGUUGAAACGGAGAUGGAGAAUGAGAACGUAAGUGAAGGGGCUGAAACAAAAGAAGAGGAAACAGGAGAAGCUGUGGGUCUUUCAGCAGCCACAUAGAUAGACGUGGUGACGGCAGGGUGAACGGACACAGCGGGUUGUAAUAGAGGAGAUAGGAAAACGCAGUGAAGCUUGUGGUUACAGACUUUCUCUUUCAAUAUCUACAUGUUUUAUACAGGGAAUGUGGUUGUCAUGCUCUUCAUUACAUUGUAUUCCAUAAAACUGCUAAGCGGUAAACAGUUGUCUUAGCUACUUAGAAUAGUGAUACAUUCAAAACUACAGUAGCCAGAGCCAAGAUCAACGGGGUGUAUGCUCGUUUAGGAGUGUGAGGGCGUUCUCUUCAUUGUGGCAAUGGGUCCAUUCAGUGUAGAAAAUGAGACCCUGAGAAGAAGAUACAGACCUUUAGGUCUAGGUGGCUGGAGAAAGGAGUUGGCAAAUUUUAGGGAGCUCAUGAUAAUAAAGUCACAGAGUUAGAAUUCGGGUGGAAUAAGAAUCAUUGACAACAGCAGGGCAAACUACACCUAGUAUUUCUUUUCUGUCACAGAAGCUCAAGCUGGUAUGAUCCUGGAGAAGCAUGUCACGUAAUUACCUUCUCACCUUAAGUCUGUCUCCUACCAUGGAUCCUUAUUGAUCAUGAUGUAUUAAAUAUGGUAACAAAUGUCAUGUCAUAGGAAUGCAGACUCUGGUGCUGCUCUGGGAUUAGGCUUUUUCACCAUGAAAGGCUACACAUUUUUUACGUGCCAUUUUGAAUCAGCUGUUGAUUUUACACGUCUGUGACGUGUUUUAAUUGAUAUUAUCCUUUGACUGUCAUUAAAAGCAUUGCAAAUUAACUGACUUUUGCAUGUAUUUCAGAGGCAACAAACAGCAAGAAUUAAAACCUAGAAUUGUUGCCUAUAUGGAGUCUGUUCCUUGGGCCCCGUUUUUUAAUUUUAUUUUUCUUUAGAUUGCUGUGAUUUAAUUUUGGGCAAUAGAGGUGGAAAGGAGCUAGGAAAUCAAGAUUUAAAAAUCAUUUAUAGUAUUUCAUUAAUGUUAAAGUGAUGUACCAUAGAGAAGUCACUUUUCAAGAAUUCCUCCAGAGUUGCCAAGGGAUUUUUUGGUAAAUGAUUAUAUGUGAAUAAUAGUAUUGAUAACAAUCUGGCCCACCAGUAAGUGCCUUCUGUUUGUGAGUAUCAGGAUAGAAUUGCAUUCUGGGAACAUUUGCUAUCUUAUCUUAUUUGUAAAUAUAUAGUUUAAAGAGAACUGCUCAGAUGAACUAACUAGACUCUUUUAUUUUAGCUUGUAUAUUAAACUAAUAUUAAGAUGAUGUAAUUAAUUUUAAGAAUAUAGGAGACAGGGAAGAAUUAUCAUCUUUACUCUGAUUUUAAUGUUAGUUUUUGUUCCUGACUUUCAAGAGUUGAGGUAGACAACAAGAGAAGUUACUUGAGUACAUGACCUCAUCCUUUCUGCAACGAAAAGAAGGUGGAUUACGAUUUUAUCGAAGGGGCAAGGACUUUUAUGUACUUUUGAAUUCAGGCAUUUAGCACUUCUAAUAGAACAUAAUAGGUGCUUGAUAAAUAUUUAUUGAAUCAACUAAUGAGUAAUAAAUACCAAAGAUUCCCAUUUACAUUUAAUUCAUUAAAAAAUAAUAUAUUUAAAAUGUGAAUUUGUAUGACCCUAACAUUUUCAUGCCAAGGCUGCUCAAGCUUAGUAACAAGCUAUGUAUUUGGUGUAGUUCCAAAAACAGCAGUAAUUUUAGGUCAGAAAGUUAUAUAAAUCAGAAUGGAUAUAAUAUCUUUCAAGCUACAUUUUGUCAUCUAAAAGUGUUUUUCCUGACCAAAGGUAUUUUUAUAUAGAUGUUGAGGAAGUAGAAAAUGUCAGAGCUAAGUGUAAAUUAUGAAUGACCAUCUUAAAAAGUGGAAUUGUACUUUGCAUCAAGUACUGAAAUAGAAUUGAUUUACUCAGUAGGCAUAAAGGUCCAUUCUGUGUCAUUGUGUGGAUUUUUUUUUAAAUCUCUAACAUGCUAAAGAGAUCUAUUCAGAACUCAUUCUUGAAAGAACUUCUCAAAAACAUUAUUAUAUAAUUAUAAUGCAGAAGUUUUCAAAUUAUUUAUU